AGGGAUUCUGCACAGCCACGGCGGCCAGGAGAAUAUAUGAAAGAGAUCCAAUCUACAAGAUCAAAGAUUUGGCCAAGGACAUGCUGGAUGGGGUUUUUGAUGACCUGGUGGAGAAGAAUGUUUUAAAUGGAGAUGAGUUACUCAAAAUAGGGGAAAGUGCGAGUUUUAUCCUGAACAAGGCUGAGAAUCUGGUUGAGAACUUCUUUGAGAAAACAGACAUGGCACGAAAAAUAUUUGCUGGCCACAUUGCCAAUUCCCAGGACCAGCUGAGUUUACAAUUUUCUAAUGAUAAGGAUGAUAGACCUCAGAAGAUAUUUAAACCUUCUUCUCCAUCAGAAUCCAGGAGAAAAGUAGAGGAUGAUGAAAUGGAGGUUAAUGCUGGAGUGGCCCAUGAAUCACAUCUAAUGCUGACAGCUCCUCAUGGAAUCCAGAGCUCAGAAGUCCAAGAUACACUGAAGCUUUGUCCACGUGAUCAGUUUUGUAAGAUAAAGACAGAAAGGGCAAAAGAGAUAUAUCCAGUGAUGGAGAAGGAAGGACGAACAUGUCUGGCUCUCAUCAUCUGCAACAAAAAGUUUGACUUCCUUUUUGAUUGAGAUAAUGCUGAUACUGACAUUUUGAACAUGCAAGAACUACUUGAAAAUCUUGGAUACUCUGUGGUGUUAAAGGAAAACCUUACAGCUCAGGAAAUGGAGACAGAGUUAAUGCAGUUUGCUGGCCGUCCAGAGCACCAGUCCUCCGACAGCACAUUUCUGGUGUUUAUGUCCCAUGGCAUCCUGGAAGGAAUCUGUGGGGUGAACCACAGAAACAAAAAGCCAGAUGUUCUUCAUGAUGACACUAUCUUCAAAAUUUUCAACAACUCUAACUGUCGGAGUCUGAGAAACAAACCCAAGAUUCUCAUCAUGCAGGCCUGCAGAGGCAGCGAGUCAGAGUCAGGGUUCUAGCACAUGGUUCUAAACUUUCCUCUAUGAGUCUGGCAUGCUCCAGUAGAUGGGGGUGGGGUGACAUUUUAUUACUAUUGGUAUGUCCAGGCCAAAAGAAACUAUCUUAUGUCCUACAUUUUAAAGAAACAAUGAAUAUCCUGAGAUAAUAAGAAAUGUCCCAGUCAUUUGUCAAUAUGGUGGGUGUUGUAUUGUUCUUGUUCAUUGGGACUUUCAAUAAUAUAUUUUUGAGGCCAGGGAGAUGGGUUAGUAGUAAGAGUGUUCACUGUGCAAGAACAAACCCCAAGAACCUAUGUAAAAAGGCAGGCAUAGCAUGUCUUCAGAUAACUUCAGGACCAUAGAUGGUAGAGACAGGCAGAAUGCUGAUGCUUUGCUAGCAGGUAAGCUCCAGGCUCACUGAGAAAUUCUGUCAAAAUAAGAAGAAGAAGAAAGAUAGAAGAAAACUAUUUUUUCCUUUGGCCUCUGAAUGUGCACAAGGACAUGGAUACCUGGCACACAUAUCUGUAUUUGUUUUGAACACAUGUAACAUGUGCAUAUAGGUAUUUGCAUUUUCAAUAAAAUCAUAAUGCAAUAUACC